AUGGGCACACCAACGGCCGACUCACCUACCAGGUCACCGACUGUCGCUGGUGCAGAGGCACAUGCAGGCAAUAUGGCAGACACGCCUGCAGCUUCAGCUACACCUACAGCAGCGGUUCAUUUCCUGGCUGUGGCAGAAACUGCUGCUGCAGCACUGACCACCCUCACACCAACACCAUCAGGCUCAGGCGCGGCAGCAGCAGGGUCCUUAGCUCCACCGAGACACACCCAGUCAGAGCCCUCUGCCGACCAGAGACCGAUUGACUGGUACCAGGUCAUUGUCAACGGAGCAUCAACCAUGCUCCGUACAAUUUCCCCGACUGGAUCCCCCCCGUGGCACGCGAUAUAUCGUGAAGCACUGACGGCGGCAGCAGCUGAAUUCGGAGCAGCAGCAACUACUCCAGCGGCAGGGAACACGGCACGAGCACCGGUCACGGCUCCCAUCGCCCCCCAACCAAGUCCGAACCCACCGGCAGCACAAACCAGCCCAAUGCCAGGCAUGCUGCAGGUGGGAAACACCAGCAGCCUCUUCAUACAGGGUGCUGGACCCAACGGCAUGAGAGGAGCGGUGACAGGGGCAUGCAAGGAUGUGGUGGAGCAACGUGAACAACAGCCCACCGCAACAGCGGCACCAGCUGCUUUGGAGGAAGAGGACAGGAGAGGGCAGGCCAUGGCAGAUACAGACACAACCGUCACAGCUACCCCAGCAGCAGGAAGCAACGACAGGGAGCAGGUGAAACUGAAUGAGGGAGCAAGAACCAGCGCAGCCACGACAAUGCAGGGGGCAGGACAGCAUGCGGAAGAAGCUGGUGACACGAGACGAGCAAGGGCAGGGAUUUCAGUGCUAGCAACAAUGAGGUUGGGAGAACCUUUGGUUGUCACAAGCAGCCGCAUAAGUGAUCUCCCACGAGCUUGCAAGGGCACUGAUGAGCUACCCCCUAACGGAACAGCACCUAUCGUGCCACCCACUACCACGCUGCAGCAGGGACAGAGCCGCCCGGACAGCCUCACACCGACCUGGCCGGGACACGAUGACACAGCAGCAGCCGCACCACAAGCACAACAGCCUCAUCAGCAGCCGAGCGAUAGCAGCAGCAGCAGCAGCAAGGGGACCAAGGAUGAAGGCCCUAAUAGGGAUGGGACCCGUAUCCUCUACUGCCCCGUGGAGUUUGACCCAUGCGGAGGAGAGGACGAAGCGGAGCCACCCGAGCAGCCCAUGAGCCCAACGAGCCAGGAGGAUGCAACCCCAAAGGGUUUGAAGCUGACAAAGAGAGAGAUUGGCAAGGCAGCGGCAGCUCUCAUGCGGGGUGAGCAGUUCGGCAUGAAGGGCCUAGAGGCAGCAUAUGGGCUGAAGGAAGAAGAAGACCUCCCUACUGUUUGGCAUCGUUUCUUCGAAGAUAUGCAGUCCAUGCUACUCAACACGACACCACCAGAGCCCCCUGCUUCCUCACCCUUCAAGAGCUUGCCUAAGCUCCUGCGCAAGGCGAUCGAGAAGGAGCUGGCUUCAUUCAAGAGCUGCCUUCGCACCUACAGCAAAGUAUCGAACGGCCUGUGCGAGCUUCAGCAGCAGUUCAGGGAUGGGGAAGUUUCCCACGCUCUCCGGAUUUCAACCCCCACGCUACAGCUAACCGACCCUGCCCUACAGGAGAGUUUGAACCAGGCCCUAGACAAUGAGCUGAAAACCUUCAAAACAAAGGCCCAGCUGACUCUGAUGGGGUACAAAGAGAAGGAGAAGGCUCACUGGGAAGCGGCAGCAGAGGUGUGGGCGGCACGGACACACACUCGCUUCGAGAGCUUCCUGGAGAAAGACCUUCACUUUUUCGAGACCCAUGCAGCACCUGGUACCCCUGCACCCGAUGCUCACCUCAAGGAGCUGGCCGCUGACUACAUGGCACGUGGCAUGGCACGAGAGCUGAUGUAUCAUGCCGUGUGGAUCAAGGGCAACCGCAACUCAAAGGCAAGGGGGGCAGCUAAACGGGAGAAGGCACGGGGUGAACAGGCGCAGGUGGAGCAGAUACAAGCAGAUCCUUCUACCGACCUGCUCGGGCUGAUGAAAACACUGGUUGGCCCCCUACAGCAGCGGGUAGAGGCCUUGGAGCAGCGCCAGUCUAAGAGUGGGCCUACAACAGAGCACGGGAAGGCACAGCUGACCGCACUCAAACUGCACCAGAGCAGACCGCACCACAGCCAGACACCCCUGCCCAGCCCGCCCCUCAAGCACCAGCAGCACCCGCCUAUACCUUCAUGGCAAACCCCGCAUUCCCCAGCAUGUACCAGCCAUACCCCUUAG